CGAGGGUGCAGGGGGCGGCGGAUGGGGGCGAGGCCUGGAGUGCGCGGAGCGGCCGGGCCGGCGGGCGGCGGCGCGCGGAGCCGGCGGUUCGGAGGCCUCGCGGAGCUGGGGGCGGCGCGGCGUGGAGGCAGGAGAGCCCGCGGGGUCCCUGCCCGAGAGCCGAGGGUGGGAAGCCCGAGGGAGGCGCCCGGCCUGGAGCGGGCCCGGCCCGGCCAGCCCUGGGAGCCCGGGGGAGGGGAGGCGAGCGGUCGCAAAGGGACACCCAGUCAGUUCCGGGCCCCAGCCGCCCUUCGAACCGCGGCGGGACGUGGUCCCCACAUCCUGAGCCGCGGUGCGAACCACAGCCCCUUCAUCUGAGCCCCAGUGCGGACCCCAGGCCCCCCUCCCGAGUCUCGGGGUGGGAGGUAUCACUUAGGCCCCUUCUCUGGGCUCCACGGUCCCCUCAGCCCCCGGUCCCCUCGCAGCCCCGGGUAGAUCUUCUCCGCUCUCUUCUCUGAAUGGCCAGGGAGAACACCCCCGCCCCCCACUUUCCGGAAUUCCAGCUGGUCCCCAGCUUCCUUGCUUUGAACCCCAGUCAGGACUUUGCUGAUCUCUCUCUGUUAAAGCUGGGGGGGUUCCUACUGCCUCUCUGAGACCCAGAAGUAAUUCUAACCUCCUCUUCGGAACCCCCUGCACCCCAGUUUUUCCUCUUCUGAACCCCAGACUGGAUCCAUCUCCUUCUCAGACUCUUAGCCCAAAAGAAGCCAGGAAGCAUCCCCCACCCUACACACACACACACACACACACACACACACAGGAGGACCUCAGCUCCCCUUCCUGAGGACCCCAAACUCUGAGCCUUAGGAGGAAGCUUGGGUCCUUCCCCCCGCCCCCGGAAACACAGUUUCUCUGUGGAAACACAGAUUCCUCCCAGUGGGGACCCCAGAGCAGCCCCUCAGAGCUUCUGCAGACCCUCAGUUCCUCCUUCUGUAGCCCUCCCACCCCUGCUGCCAGACCCCAGGCGGGCCCCUCCCCCGCCAACCUCCCCCUCAGGAGCCGGCCUCAGCUCUGCCCUCUCGGCCCCUGAGCCCCACCACCCGCCAGGCGCGAUGAUGAUGUGGUCCAACUUCUUCCUGCAAGAGGAGAACCGCCGGCGGGGGGCCGCGGCCCGGCGGCGGGGUCGUGGGCAGCCCAAGGCCCAGAUGACCCCGGAGCGCGAGGGCAAGAUCAAGCUGGCGCUGCUGCUGACCUCCGUGGGCGCCACGCUGGCCGUGCUGGCCGUCGGCACCGAGUUCUGGGUGGAGCUCAACACCUACCGGGACAACGGCAGCGCCGUCUGCGACGCGGCGCACCUGGGCCUCUGGAAGAUGUGCACCAAACGACUGUGGCAGGCGGACGUGCCCACGGGCAGAGACACCUGCGGGCCUGCCGAGCUGCCCGGAGAAGCAAAUUGCACUUAUUUUAAAUUCUUCACCACGGGAGAGAAUGCACACAUCUUCCAGAGAACCACGAAGAAAGAGGUGAAUCAGGCAGCUGCAGUGAUAGCGGUACUAGGCUUGGCAGUUAUGGCCCUGGGGUGCCUCUGUAUCAUCAUGGUGCUCAGCAAAGGUGCAGAGUUCCUGCUCCGGGUUGGAGCCGUCUGCUUUGGCCUCUCAGGCCUGCUGGUCCUGGUCAGCCUGGAGGUCUUCCGGCAUUCCGUGCGAGCCUUGAUGCAAAGGGUCAGCCCCGAGCCCCCCGUGGCCCCGGCCCUGACCUACGAGUACUCCUGGUCCCUGGGCUGUGGCGUGGGGGCCGGCCUGAUCCUGAUGCUGGGAGGUGGCUGCUUUCUGCUGCUCGCCCUGCCUCCUGGACCCUGGAGUCCCCUCUGUCCCAAGUGGGGCCAGAGGGCCCCCUAGCGCCACCGUCACCAUCCCGUGCGUUCUCUCAGCAACUUCCCAACGCCCCUCCACCCUCCCCACCAUCCCCUUUGCAUCUAUCACCCCGUGCCCCAGAGAGACUGUGUUCUCUGGACUCUGGGGCCCACGCUGUUUGCACAAACCUGCCCCUCCCUCUCGUAAAUACCUUUUUCCUCUGUAAAUAUGUUUUUCUUUUUUCUCUAUGGCUGGAUUUGGGUUGCUUGGGAGUGGGGCGGGGAGAGGAUUUUUUUGCAAACGAGGGUCCCCAGGGAAGACUGCUGGGGACCUGAUGGGGUAACUAGCGGGUGAGGGUGGAUGGGCAAGGUCAGGGGGUGCUAGGAGGGAGUUGGACCUUCUUGUUGCCCAGAUUGGGUUGUAUUCAGCUGUGGGAGAGACUUCUUCUGGGGAGAGCAGGGAGGGGAGAAUCUGGGUCUGACCUGGCUGUGGUCUGAUUUGGGAUUAAAGGUUUGGAAAUUUAA